AUGUCCGACUCAGAGAAUAUUGACCCAGAAGAUGAACUUCUCAUGCAUACGUAUGCCACUCUUCCGAAAAAUUGCAAGAAAUAUUGGAACAAGCGAUAUAACAUCUUCUCCAAGUUCGAUGAUGGAGUGUUUCUCACCUCAGAGUUAUGGUAUAGCGUAACACCCGAAUCCACUGCCAAAUCCACGGCCCGAAUUGUCCGGAAACUAUUGCCUGAUUGCGAGAAUGUCCUCGAUGUUUGCUGUGGCGGUGGAGGCAACACCAUCCAAUUUGCAAGGUACUUCAAGUCAGUUGGAGGUGUAGACAUCAACGCCAAUAAUAUCAAAUGCACCAAGCACAAUUGUGGCAUUUACGGUGUAGAAGACAAUACAUGGUUCUAUCAAGGAGAUUGGAACGUCAUGUCACAGUCUACAGAUUGGGUUCCUGAAUUUAUCCCCAAUGAAAAGUUUGACUUCAUCUUCUGCUCUCCUCCAUGGGGUGGGCCGAAGUACAAGACCAGGGGUGCCUUUGAUUUGUACGCUAUGAAACCCUUGGAAUUACGCAGUCUUUGUUCUAGCAUGAUGAAAUUCACAGACAAUUACGGUCUCUUUCUUCCGAGAUAUCUGGAUUUGGAGCAAAUUCGAGAGGUUACUGAGGAAUUGUACGGACCGGAAAGUAAAACGAGAGUGGUGUGUCUCUGGCAGAAUGGAGCACCACUAGGUAUUUUGGCAGUAUUCGGACCAACCUUUGAUGUGGAUAUUGGAGCAUAUAGAGAGUAA